GUGACCAUGGACGACGUCGUCGGCCUCGAGGCCGCCAAGGGCGCCCUCAACGAGGCCGUCGUGCUGCCCAUGCUCGUGCCCGAGCUCUUCACGGGCAUCCGGAGCCCGUGGCGCGGCGUCUUGCUGUUCGGCCCGCCGGGCACGGGCAAGACGCUGCUGGCCAAGGCCGCGGCGGGCGUCGAGGGCGCGACGUUCUUCAACGUCUCCGCGGCGACGCUCGCGUCGAAGCACCGCGGCGAGUCGGAGAAGCUGGUGCGCGCGUUGUUCGCGCGCGCGCGCGGCGAGGACCGCGGCGUCGUCUUCUUCGACGAGGUCGACGCGCUCUGCGCGCGGCGCGGCGGCGACGGCGAGCACGAGGCGUCGCGGCGCCUCAAGACGGAGCUGCUCACGCAGCUCGACGGCGUCCGCGGCGCCGCGGAGCGCGUGACCGUCCUCGCGGCGACGAACCGGCCCUGGGACCUCGACGACGCCGUGCUCCGGCGCCUCGAGCGGCGCGUCCACGUCCCGCCGCCGGGGCCCGCGGGGCGCGAGGCGCUGCUGCGGCUCUCCCUCGAGGGCACGAAGCACGCCAUGUCGGACGCGGACGUCGCCGCGCUCGCGGCGAGGGCCGAGGGCUACAGCGGCGCGGACGUCGUCCUGGCCUGCCGCGAGGCGUCGAUGAUGCCCAUGCGCCGCCUCAUCGACGGCGUCGACCCGGCGGACCUCGCGGCCGUCGCCGCGGACCUCGACAACGAGCCCGUCUCGCUCGCGGACUUCUCCGCGGCGUUCGCGAGCACGAAGCCGUCGAUCACGCCCGCGGACGUCGACAAGCACCUCGCCUGGGCGGCGCGCUUCGGGGCGGGGAACUAA